AUGAAUCAAACAAAAGAUUUAUCACAACGUUACGAAGAAGAACGACAGAUUAUUAUGAAUGAUAAUAAAGAAAAAUUUCUUUAUGAACAUAAAGAUCAAUCAAAAGUAUUAAAAAGUAAAAAAUUUCACGGAAUUAUAAGAACAUAUAUGGAAAAUGGUAAUCAAACAAUUACACAGAAUAAUUAUAAAUAUGAUUCAACUACUAGUAGUGAACAAUCUUUAACACAUAAAUUUGUUCGUUAUUCAAAUAUUCAUCAAAAUAGUCAAGAAAAUACUUAUCCACAACAUAAUCGUCAAUAUGAAACAAAAUUAUCAUCAUUUCAUAUUGAACCAAAAAUAAUUUAUGAUGAAAUAUGGUUAUCAAAUAAACAAUAUAAUACACGUGUUACAUCAUAUAUUGAUAAUAAACAAGAAAAAUUUCUUAAUAAAAAUAAUUUAACAUCAUAUAAACGUAAAUCAUCACGUACAUGUACUUAUCAAGUAUCUAAUGGACAAGUUGUUCAUGAAAGAAUAUAUCCAGCAACAAUAAAAACAAAAUUAUGUUUACGUGUUGCUGUUAAUGGAGCAUCAAAAUCUAUGCGUGGUCAAUUACCAUUAUCAAAUUUAAAUUUAACUAAUGGUGAUUUUGGUGAUGAUGCUGGAAUGAUUGUUGAAAAUCGUGAUUAUUGUUUUGUUGGUUUAGCUGAUGGUGCUAGUGGUAAUCGUUCAUUUGGUAUAAAUCCAGCUGAUUUUUCUCAAGCUAUUCUUGCUGCUUGUCGAAAUAUUCUUCAUCAAUCGAACAUUCAACCACAUCAAUUACCACGACUUAUUCUUUCAGCUAUACAACAAGUUGAAGCAAGUCGUGUUCGAGGUAGUAGUACAUUAUGUUUAUUUGCACUUGAUAAACAAGAAAAUACAUUGACAUCACUUAAUAUUGGUGAUAGUGGUUUUGUUAUUUAUCGAAAUAAUGAAAUUUAUUGUCGAUCAAAAUGUACAAUGAAUUCAAAUGGUUUUGGACCAAGACAAUUAUUUUCUGUUAAUGAUUCACUUGGUUUACCAUGUUUCAUUAAUGAAAAUGAAGUAUUACGAGAUUGUUCAUUGGAUACAGUUGAAGUUCAAAAAGAUGAUAUGAUUAUUUUAUCGUCAGAUGGUCUAUGGGAUGUAAUUAAAAAUGAUCAAUUACAUCAAAUUGUGAAACGAAAUACGAAUAAACAUAUACAAGAUUUAGCUGAUGAUCUUCUGAGUCAAGCGGUUGAAGGAUAUAUAGCCAAUGGAAGAGAUGAUAUUUUAGUUAUUGUAUGUCGAGUUGAUUCGUUAUAA